AUGGAGCCCUUGACCGGCGAUCGGCUUCCACUCCCCAGGAAUAUGAUUGAAAACAGCAUGUUUGAGGAAGAGCCAGAUGUGGUGGAUUUAGCCAAAGAGCCUUGUUUACAUCCUUUAGAGCCGGACGAGGUGGAAUAUGAGCCCCGGGGUUCACGACUGCUGGUGCGGGGUCUGGGUGAGCAUGAGAUGGAUGAGGAGGAAGAGGAUUAUGAGUCGUCUGCCAAGCUGCUGGGCAUGUCCUUUAUGAACAGAAGCUCAGGCCUUCGGAACAGUGCAGCCGGCUACAGGCAGAGCUCAGAUGGGACUUGUUCAGUGCCCUCUGCAAGGACCAUGCUGGUCUGUGCUUUUGUCAUUUUACUUGCCAUUUCUGUAAUAAUGGUGAUUUAUCUACUGCCCAGAUGUACCUUUACCAAAGAAGGCUGCCACAAGAAAAACCAAUCAAUGGGGCUCAUUCAGCCAUUCGCAACCAAUGGGAAGCUGUUUCCAUGGGCGCAAGUCAGGCUUCCCACUGCCAUUCUGCCUCUGCACUAUGAACUGAACCUGCACCCAAACCUGACCACAAUGACAUUCAAGGGUUCUGUGACGAUUUCGCUUCAGGCUCUCCAGGCCACAUGGAAUAUCGUUCUUCACAGCACAGGCCAUAACAUUUCAAGAGUGACCUUUAUGUCAGCAGUUUCAAGCCAAGAAAAACAAGUUGAAGUUCUGGAAUAUCCAUCUCAUGAACAAAUCGCCAUCGUUGCCCCGGAAGCCCUUCUUAAGGGGCAAAAUUAUACCUUGAAGAUAGAGUACUCAGCUAAUAUAUCUAGCUCUUACUAUGGGUUUUAUGGACUCUCUUACACAGAUGAACAUAAUACGAAAAAGUACUUUGCAGCAACUCAAUUUGAACCCCUGGCAGCAAGAUCUGCUUUUCCUUGUUUUGAUGAGCCAGCAUUUAAAGCUACUUAUACCAUCAAGAUCAUAAGAGAGGAGAACUACACUGCUUUAUCAAAUAUGCCUAAGAAGUCAUCGGAUACCAUGCAAGAUGGACUUAUUCAGGAUGAAUUUUUUGAAAGCGUGAAGAUGAGCACUUACCUGGUUGCUUUCAUUGUGGGGGAGAUGAAGAAUCUGAGUCAGGACAUAAAUGGAACCCUGGUUUCUAUAUAUUCUGUUCCAGAAAAGAUUGGUCAAGUUCACCAUGCCUUGGAAACAACUGUGAAGCUUCUUGAGUUUUUUCAAAACUACUUUGAAAUUCAAUACUCACUUAAGAAAUUGGAUUUGGUGGCUAUUCCUGACUUUGAAGCAGGAGCAAUGGAAAAUUGGGGACUGCUCACCUUCCGAGAAGAGACACUUCUGUAUGACAAUAAUACUUCUUCAGCAGCCGACAGAAAGCUCGUUACUAAGGUCAUCGCUCAUGAGCUGGCCCAUCAGUGGUUUGGUAAUCUGGUAACGAUGCAGUGGUGGAACGAUCUAUGGCUAAAUGAAGGUUUGGCUACCUUCAUGGAGUAUUUCUCUUUGGAAAAAAUAUUCAAAGAGCUCUCCAGUUAUGAAGAUUUCUUAGAUGCUCGAUUUAAAACCAUGAGGAAAGAUUCCUUGAAUUCAUCUCAUCCAAUAUCAUCAUCUGUUCAGUCUUCAGAACAGAUUGAAGAAAUGUUUGAUGCUCUUUCCUAUUUUAAGGGAGCUUCUCUCUUGUUGAUGCUGAAAACAUAUCUUGGCGAAGAUAUAUUUCAACGUGCUCUUGUUCUUUACCUGCAAAAGCAUAGCUAUGGAUCCAUUCAAAGUGAUGAUCUGUGGGAUAGUUUUAAUGAGGUCACAAAUAAAACAGUAGAUGUCAAGAAAAUGAUGAAAACCUGGACCCUGCAGAAAGGAUUUCCUCUAGUGACUGUGCAAAGAAAGGGAAAGGAGCUUCUUGUACAACAAGAAAGAUUCUUUUUAAACAUGAAGCCUGGAAUUCAGCCUUCAGAUGCAAGCUAUCUGUGGCAUAUUCCACUAUCCUUUGUCACUGAGGGAAGAAAUUAUUCAAAACAUCAAAUGGUGUCAUUUCUGGACAAGAAAUCAGAUGUCAUCAAUCUUACAGAAGAAGUACAGUGGAUCAAAGUCAAUACAGACAUGACUGGCUAUUAUAUUGUACAUUAUGCAGAUAAUGACUGGGAUGCACUAAUAAAACAGUUGAAAAUAAAUCCUUAUGUUCUGAGUGACAAAGAUCGAGCCAGCCUCAUCAACAACAUCUUUGAACUUGCAGGGCUAGGCAAAGUGCCUCUUCAGAAGGCCUUUGAUUUGAUUGAUUAUCUUGGGAAGGAGACCCAUACUGCACCCAUCACUGAAACCCUCUUUCAGACAGGCCUCAUUUAUAACCUCCUUGAAAAACUAGGAUAUAUGAAUCUGGCCUCAAGACUGGUGAACAGGGUAUCUAAAUUGCUUCAAAGCCAAAUUCAGCAGCAAAAUUGGACUGAUGAUGGCUCCCCAUCUGCUCGAGAGUUGCGGUCAGCCUUGCUAGAGUUUGCCUGUGUCCAUGACCUAGAGAACUGCAGCACUACUGCCUCGAAGCUGUUUGACGAUUGGGUUGCAUCCAAUGGAACUCAAAGCCUACCUACUGAUGUCAUGACUGCUGUGUUCAAAGUCGGAGCAAGAACUCAGAGCGGCUGGUCGUUCCUCUUAAGCAAGUAUAUCUCUAUAGGCUCUGAAGCAGAGAAGAAUAAAAUACUUGAAGCUCUUGCCAGCUCCGAGGAUGCACGAAAACUUUACUGGUUAAUGAAAACUAGCCUCAGUGGAGAUACCAUUCGAACACAAAAGCUGUCAUUUGUCAUAAGAACAGUGGGCCGGCAUUUCCCUGGACACCUACUGGCAUGGGAUUUUGUCAAAGAGAACUGGAACAAGCUUGUACAGAAGUUCCACCUGGGUUCCUAUACCAUACAAAGUAUUGUUGCCGGAUCAACUCACCUGUUUUCAACGGAGGCACAUUUGUCGGAGGUCCGGGCAUUCUUUGAAAGUCAGUCAGAGGCAACCUUUCAGCUUCGUUGUGUCCAGGAGGCUUUGGAAAUCAUUCAGUUGAAUAUCCAGUGGAUGGAGAAGAACCUUGAAACUCUGACGUGGUGGCUGUAG